UUGUGUCCGUGUGUAUUUUUUACAGUUAAAUUCAAAAUACAAGGUGUUGAAACCUACAGCUGUCCAGAUUCCAGAGUUCAGCCGUGAGCCGUCAGUCUCCAUUCUUCAACGAACAUCCGCAUAACGUUAAACGUAUUAAUAAUUUAUUAUCGUGAUCUGUGACUAGUCUUGCAACCAGCAAAAUAAAUUUAUACAAUACAAAACUAAGAAUAUAUUUGGUCUUUCGGGCAGUAUAAAUUGAAAGACCAAUCAAUCAAUUUGACAGUAUGGCUCCAAAACUAGUAGUGGGUCAAAAUAGACACAAACUCAGUCAACUGCAUUCUGACAUCUAUUUGAAAAAAAUGAACCAUUACAUGCUUCUCAAUACAAGAUUGCGGAAACGUAUUACACAAUACUCCAUUCAAAAUAGACAGCUGUCAGGCACUAGAAAUAAUUUAUUACUACAAAAUAUGACAUUAGAAAAGGAACUUAAUACUCUGAAGAACUCCAAUGUAGUACUUACCGCUAUGUACCAAACUGUUAGUAAAAAAUUGAAAGACUUGGAACAAACAUUGAAAAGUUGUGUACCAGCUAUUGUGACUUUGUCACAGUUUAUUCCUAGUAUGAUGCAAAAUGUUCAUGAAUUACUAAAAUUUGAUCAAUUUGAUCAAUUUUGUAGCAAUGAAAAAACAGAACAGAGUAAAAUGGUUAGACCAAACCUAAUAUCUAAGACAAAGGUGUCAGUAUUGUCUAACCAUUUGAGCAUGUCUCCUAUUAUUGAGAGUGCUACUCCCGAACAGACUCCAAAGCUACGAAAAAGAUCUUCCAGCUUUAGAGGCUCGCCUCAGCAAAAACUAAGUUCGGAAUCUUAUGUGAGGUUAAAAGAUGUUGCCCAAUUGUUGAAGAAUUCUAAAUCUGUUCACAAUGAAAGUUCACCAAAACAGUCUGUUAGUUCUUGCGAAGAAUUAAGCUGGCUGUUUCAAGAAAGUCAAGAAAUCAAAGAGCCUAGAAACUCCAUCAAUAAUAAUAGUACAGAAAUUCCUAAUAGUUCAACUCCGACGAAAAAUGAAUGCUUCGCAAACGAUUUUAAUAGCUUAAACGCGUCUGUCAGUAGUACAAGUGAUAACCAUACAACUAAUUUUUCAUAUGAAAGUGAUAAUACUUCUAAUGGUAAAAUACUUACACCAGAAAGUAGCAUUUUAAAAAACAUUACUUGUCGUAGAAAAAUAAAUCGAAGGUCUAGUGAAUCAAGUACCUGCUCAGAAGUAAACGAUUCCAUAUCACUUCAUAGGACAAGAAGAAAUGCUACGAGUAACGUGAGUUAUAAGGAACCUUUAUUAAAUAAAAAACUUAGAAGGGCUAAAUAAGCAAUAAUUAAAAGUUGAAAUGAUUAAAUAGACAAGAGAAAUUUUUAACAUUAAAAAUGAUAUAAUAUUGUAUAUAAAUUAUAUAAUUUAUAUUUUUAAAAAAAAGUGUAUUUAUGUUUUGCAAGUUUAAAUAGGUAUUGAUAUCCUUAGGUUUAAUUAUUUAAUAGAUAAACUUUGUAUACAUUUAUUUUAAAUUAUGAGUCUGUAAAAAUUGACUAUUAAUCAUUAAUUGUAAUUUGUGUUUUUUGUAAAAUUAUAUUUGUAUUUAAAAAUAAAACAUUGCAAUAGAAAUAAAUAUAUAUAUGUACUACAAAAAAAUAAAAAUAAAACAGUUAUAUUUGA